GUUAAUGUUUGAGGACUAACUGAAUGUAUAUAUUCCUCUCUCUAAUAUUUCUAAACAAGAAUUGAGCACUAAUUUAGCGUUGCCAAAAAUAAACGUGCGCCCAAAUCACUUCACCACAAAACACUCCAUUUCUUGAGUAAUUAAGCUCGAUUUCGAGAGGAAAAUUGGGCGUUGAAUUGCUGAGAUUUGUUUGACAUGUCGACGAAUCAGAACCCAAGCCCGAACAGCAAUGCGGCUCCAAUCGAGAUCGGGCCGGACGGCCUGGCCCGAGAAUCUCCAGUCAUAGCUUACACCGAGAAGAUCAUUGAGGAAGAGCAGCUUCAGUUGAGGAAGUAUAUUGAAGAAAACUAUUCUAAGAUUCGUGAUGUCGAACGAGAACUUGCCAACCUCUCGAUGGAAAUGAAGCUUACAGCUGGUCCAAAGAAAGCUGCACUUGAACACCUAAGGAAGAAAAUAGAAAUGUCAACAGAGAGAAUUCGAUUGGCUAAGAUGAAAGAAGAACAAGCUAAAAAGGCCUGGGAAGCAGCAGCAAAAGACGUGCAGGAUGAGGAAGCAAGCAAACAGAAGCUUUGUGACGAUCUAAAUAAUUUGGUCCAGGAAAGUAGCAACAGCCAACUUGCUCGACUGGAGGAACUGAAGCGCCGAAUGGAGUCUCUGAACCCGAGCAGAUCUUCCAAUACACAUACGCCUCAGUAUGAUUCACUCAGACCUUCAUCUUGGACACCUGAUUGGACAGGAGCUGGUUUUGACGUUGAUGGCAGAGCGACAUGUGAGUAGUUUAUGAGUUCGAGAUGUUGUGCUUAUUGUCAAUUGGUUUUAAGAUGGAAUCACGAGAGGUAGAAUCCUGAUGACGAGGCCGGGGAAAACAUCGUCGAGGUCGUGAAUAUGCGGGUUCCUCUCGACUAUGUAAGGAUCGGAGCACUUGUCGCUGAUGGUGUGCAGGGUUUCACCUUCUCCGACAACGUAUAUCUCGUCGCACGGCUUCUCCACCUGCCACCCUCUCGCCGCCGCUUCAGAGCUUGUCGACAAUGCCGUCGUUUAGGAGGAUCGGAGCUACCACGCCCGCCACGCCAAGCCACGAGGCGUCCCACGCUUUUGUGCAUUUUUGGAGGGAACGACUGCCAUUUAAUUGUAAGAAGAAGAAGAUUUUUAAAGUAUGUUUUGGGGUAGAUUAAUUAUUGGUAACAAUUAUUACAAAUAACGUCAGUUUUGGUUCAAAAA